CGCGACAUAGAUAGUAAGAUUUAGAAUAGCUUAUACUUAGCGACGCAACGCCAAGAUGGCCGCUGGGUCGAGCUCAAUACUCAUGUAAUAUUCCUUGUCCGAUUGUGUAUGGGUUGGUUUCUUGUGGUGUUCCUCUGUCCCCACUUCUGCCGCGACACUGUACGACACAAUGCGCAAAGGCAUGGUGUCCCAGAAUCGCUCUAAAUUGAUGGUGGGAAGGCCAGGAACAUGCACAAGUUUCCACGCGACAAAGUCGAUGUAGAAGCUGAAGAACGAAAACGUGUACGUGUCGUCAGUGUUGUACUUGUACAGGUCUUUGGCUGCCUUGCGCUCGGCUCGUGCGGCCGCCGAUUCACCAAAGCUGUCUACUCCCAACGUGGGUGGCGAUUGUCCUGCCGGCGUGCACACAAAUUCGUCCACCGACGAAUGCAAUGGAAAGCAAAUGUGGCCGAGUUCUUCUUCAGAAGGAUGGUUCACGUCGUCGGGCGACGUCAGCCCAAGGCUGUAAUGCAGUCCCACGACGAGCAAGUUCAGGACACGGAGCAAGAUGCUGCAAAACGACCGCGUGAUGAUUCCGAGCUGCAUCUUCCUCGGCACCUCGCCCCCAAUGUAGACUUGCCCGUGGGGCUGUUUCUUGAACCGUCCUUGCAGCUGAAUCCAGAACGAUCGCCGGCGUCCUGAGAACAAAUGUGACCAUUUGGACGGCAUUGGGUCCGUCCGGAGGAGGAACAAAAUCUGGCCGCUGAACAGGUCGUUCUCAAACCGAAUCGGGUGGUCCGAGUUGGGAACAAUCACUUUGCCCUUUUGAAGCGGGGCUGAUGGGUGCUUGACUUUGGACGGCACACUAGUCUCGUGGACACUCAAGGACGGGGCGUUCCACGGGUGAAGUGAAGCUCUGGGCGCCGCAGGAAGAGGGACGCGGUGGCCCAUCGUCACGAAACGGUAAAUGUGGGUUGAAGACGA